AUGCUCAAAACCCAACACGUUCUUCUUAAUCCAAUAUCUGAUAAACCCUCAUCGAAUUCCUCUCCUCGUUCUGGCGAUGUGAGUAAUGAACCACGGAGAAACACACAACAAUGUAAUCAAGAAGAAGAUGUUCCAGUCUUGGUUGAUGGGCCAGAUACUUCCUCCUUCACCGCAUUUCUCUACUCAUUCUUAUCACCAGGAAGAUCAGAAAACGAGUCUGAAUAUUCAGAAUGCCACGACAACCAAGUGGUAACUAGCUACAGAAAUGACACAUCAUCCCCAAACGUUUCAAAAGAAAACAAUGGAAAGAAAGGUCUAUUCUCUAAGGGCAAACAGUCACUCGACAAGGCUCUUUCACAAGCUGCUAGGUUUAGUGGGUAUCGAUCUCAUGCAUCUGGGAAAGUAAACACUGAAUUAAAGAUUGAUGACAUGAAAGAAACAAGCUCUCAAUUUGACACUAAUGAUGGGGUUCCUGUACAAAAUGUGAUUGCAUCUUUUCCUUCUGAUAAACUUCCAAAAAUGUCAGAACCUUCACAACUUAUGACAGAAAAUACACGUUCUGAUCUUUAUGUUGCACUCCCUGUUCUCAGUCAAGGAAAGAAAUGGGUCUUACUAUACAGUACAUGGAGGCAUGGCAUAUCUCUUUCAAUCUUAUAUAGAAGAAGCAAUCUUUGCCCUGGGUUAAUGAUGGGUUUUUGGUCAUAA